AUGUCGUUCACAACAAAAUCCACUGUUCUAGUCACACUUCUAGUUGUUUUCACAAUUUGUUCGGCGAAUCUUGCGACCGGCCGGUGAGUUUAGUUUCAUUAUUUGAAAAAAUAAUGAUUUUCCGAGGAAAAAAUCAAUAAUUUCAGCGCUUCUUUACGUCCAUCGGCUGGAAAACGCAGUGUAGAUGAUGGACUUCCAAGAACUCCCGGAUUCUAUCGAUUGACUUCUCAAGAUCAAGGUAAGCUUUUUGAACUUUAAUUGAAUUUAGAAUAUCUGAAAAGCUUUGCAGAAUGCUCUCCAACAACUCAGGUUUUGCUCGAACAACGUCUUCUUCAACUUCAACAACACUUGCAGCAUGUUACUCAGUUAAUGGAAUUGUGCCAAAAUCCUUGA